GUCAUUUUGCGACUGCUGGUGAAUGUGAAUGUGUCAAGAGCAGCAUGUGUUGACAUUAUGUUAUUGAUGCAGUUUAUUCGGAAUUGAGUGAAUAGUGCGUCGCUAAGCCUCUUGCAAAGUCAACGCUUUUAUGAAAGUUUCCUAGACACACAUAUAUACUAUGAUUUCAGUCGUAUACAGAUUACCUGCGUACGAAAUUCUAAUCUGAAAAUGAAGAAAAGCUUACGUUGUCAUUUGGGCAUCAUAUAAGAAACUAGUUUAUUUCAGUAUUUUGCAACGAGUGGUGUUCCUAACGCCAUUGGAUUGUGGAAAGAUGGAAGGCAAGGAAAGAAACGAGCACAUUCUUGCUUUGAAAGGAAUAACUUUUUCCAUUCACUCAUAGUACUUGCUGUUGACAACAGUAACACUCACACUCUACGCAUCAACCUCAAGCUUGCAUUCAACAUUGCUUCUGUCUCGGGUUUGUUUCUCUGGGAGUGUUAGUUGUACAUCAGCAAAUGUAUAUGAAGAGUUGGCCAAUAUGAACCUUGUGUAUGGAUUCUCUGAAUGAGUGUCAUGCCAUCACUAUGGUGAGCUGCUCCUGAAGUGAUAGCAACCACAUCACCUUUACAUUUUCAUUUAUGCGACUUACAAGACCAACUUUAUCAAGUCCAUUAAUCGUGACAAGUGAUGCGAAAGAUCUGCCAGGAAACCUGUUCAACAAUGAUCUGAAGCAUGACAUUACUUCUGUAUCAAGUGUUGAGACACUAGCUGCUGGACAGUUUCUCCUGUUACCACAAAGUUUUGGAAAUAUUUAUCUUGGCGAAACCUUCUCAAGCUAUAUUUGUGUCCACAACGACAGUAACCAGGUAGCAAGUGAUGUUUCUGUGAAGGUGGACCUGCAAACAAACUCCCAACGUAUACCUCUAUCGGGUGGCCACUCAGAAGCUGUCGCUAAAGAGCUUCAUCCGCAAGAGACUGUUGAUGAUGUGAUUCAUCAUGAAGUAAAGGAGGUUGGUACACACAUACUACUUUGUGAAGUGAGCUACAAUUCACCCAUGAAGAAUCAUUUAUCAUUUCGCAAGUUUUUUAAAUUUGAAGUAUUCAAACCUUUGGAUGUAAAAACAAAGUUUUAUAAUGCAGAGUCUGACGAAGUUUACCUAGAAGCCCAAGUACAGAAUAUUACUUCAGGCCCCAUCUGUUUGGAGAAAGUAUCUUUGGAAUCUUCACAUCUUUUCAAUGUGACAGCCUUAAACUCAACUCCAGCUGGAGAAUCUGUUUUUGGCCGAGUGAACGUUCUUCAGCCACACGCAAGCCGACAGUUUCUUUAUUGCCUUGCUCCACAGCCGUCACUGACAUCUGAUUUGAGACUACUUGCUGGUGCUACAAAUAUAGGAAAACUUGAUAUAGUGUGGAGAUCUAACCUUGGGGAACGGGGAAGAUUACAGACAAGUCAGUUGCAAAGGAUGGCACCAGAUUAUGGUGACAUACGUUUGUCUGUACAAGAACUCCCAAAUAUUGUGGUUUUAGAGGAAGCCUUCACGAUUGUGUGCAGGAUAAUCAACACAUGUGAAAGAUCAAUGGACCUUGUGUUGGGACUCGAGUCAUCAGCAGCAUCUGGUCUUGUUUGGAGUGGCGUGUCUGGCAGGCAGAUGGGUAAAUUGGAACCUGGGGCUUCAGUAUAUUUCUCUCUCUGUUUAGUUCCUACAACACCAGGUUUACAGAACAUAUCAGGAAUUCGCCUCACAGACAUUUUUCUAAAAAGGACAUAUGAUUAUGAUGAGCUGGCACAAGUAUUUGUUACACAGAAAUCGAACUGAAUAAUACAGAAAUGAUAGAUAAAACAAAAUUCUUGAAAUUCUGUCUAAAUGAAUAAUUAUUUAAAAUACUUUUCACUGUAAAUAAUGGGAAAUAUAUUUGAUCUGCCAGA